CGCACGGCGAGCUUCCAUUUUACGCACCGAGGCAUCCAGAGCCCCGCCGGAGCCCGGACCGACUACGCGUCGCUGUGCAGGCAUUCUGCUUUCGGCGAAGCUGCGAUCUGAAGAAGCAAAACGCAAGCUGCUCUUUCAUCUCGUCAGCUUUGAGGAGGAGGCGGCGGCGAGGGACCAGGGGUGUCCCCCCGUUUGUGUGUAACUCCGCGUGUGUGCGUAUGUGUGUUGUGUGUGUUUGGAACAAGAGAGAGAGAGAGAAGAGAGAGAGCGAGAGCGAUACGAGGGUAAAACAGAUCGGACGCGCGACGCGGGAGACAGCCGCUUUUGGACACGUUUUGGAGACAGAAGCUGCCCGACUGCAAAGGCUGCACACGGAAAAAUAAUAUAAACAGAACUUACUUUGCAUGACCUCUUACGUCCAUUAAUUUUUUUUGUUUUAAGUGUUAUUUUGUAUUAUUUCGGGGAGCUUUUAAGCGUCUCCCAAUCUGCUGGACAAGUUUGGCCGCUGAAGCACGCACCUCGGGACUCUGACGCAGACGUCUCUCUGACUUCUUGCUGCUGGAGAUGGGCGCAUCUGAGGCCAAACUGCGGUAGACGGAGGGCUCGGUGCCGCUGUCCUCUUUUCCUCCUUUCUCUGCAGAGUGGACCCACUUUUGAAAGAGCGUGUUUUUUUUCUAUCUGGGCCUAAGGCCGACUUGUUUAAAGGUCCUUUUUCUGCUUCCGGCAACAGCGAAGAUACUAAGUCUUCCUCCCUCAGCCCUCACUCCCUCUCUCACUUUUUUGGAAGCUGAACUUUUAAAGGAAAAUGGGGCAUUGAAAGGGUUGGCAGAUCUCCCCACCCUAUAAUGGCUACUGACACCUACCUGGUGAACGACGAUCCUUCUAGAGGCCAAGGGAUGCCUGAAUGUUUCCUCGUGUCUGAUACAUAUAGGGAUGAAUUCCACCCCUUCAUCGAGGCCCUGCUGCCCCAUGUCCGCGCCUUUGCCUACACUUGGUUCAACCUGCAGGCCCGCAAGCGCAAAUACUUCAAGAAGCAUGAGAAGCGCAUGUCCAAGGAGGAAGAGCGCGCAGUGAAGGAUGAGCUGCUGGGGGAGAAGCCAGAGAUCAAGCAGAAGUGGGCCUCACGCCUGCUGGCCAAGCUCCGCAAGGACAUCCGGCCUGAGUUCCGUGAGGACUUUGUGCUCACCAUUACGGGGAAAAAGCCCCCCUGCUGUGUGCUGUCCAACCCUGACCAGAAGGGCAAGAUCCGUCGCAUCGACUGCCUGCGCCAGGCCGACAAGGUGUGGCGGCUGGACCUGGUGAUGGUCAUCCUGUUCAAGGGCAGCCCUCUGGAGAGCACGGAUGGCGAACGGCUGGUCAAGUCACCACAGUGCACCAACCCUGGCCUGUGUGUCCAGCCACACCACAUCGGAGUGUCCGUCAAGGAGCUGGACCUAUACCUGGCCUACUUCGUCCACACGCCAGAAUCUGGACAAUCCGACAGUUCCAGCCAACAGGGGGACACAGACAUCAAACCACCACCCAAUGGGCACCUGAGUUUCCAGGACUGCUUUGUCACCUCAGGGGUGUGGAAUGUGGCAGAGCUGGUCAGAGUGUCACAGACACCUGUAGCCACGGCGUCAGGUCCUAACUUCUCGCUGGCUGACCUGGACAGCAGUCCUAGCUACUACAACAUCAACCAAGUUGCUCUGGGGCGACGCUCCCUCACCUCCCCUCCUUCCACCAGGUCUGAGGUGGAGUUGUACGCAAACCUUCCACGGAGCUCCACCAAGAGGAAGUCAUUAGACGACAGUGAGCUGGAGAGCCCCACAGAUGAUGUUUUCUAUCCUGGACGCUCGCCUGCUGCCAGCUCCUCCCAGUCAAGUGCAUGGCCCAACGACAUGGAUGCAGGUACCCCCUAUCCCACUUCCACCUGUCACCCACUAGUGCAGCACCAUUUGGCGAGUGUGCAGGAGAGGAAGAUAAAACAUGAAAACGAUGGCGUGCAGUUUCCUUACCAUGGACUGUCCUCGCCUGGUUCACUUAAGAAGCCGGGGAAGUUUGAUUUCAACGCCCUGACUUCCCAGACGAGGUCCCCCCGCAUGGCGUUCACACACCACCCGCUGCCUGUGCUGGCAGGAGUGAGACCAGGGAGUCCCCGUGCCUCAGCCUCAGCCCUGCAUUUCCCCUCCUCCUCUAUCAUCCAGCAGUCCAGCCCGUACUUCACCCACCCCACCAUACGCUACCAUCACCACCAGGACCCGCUUAAGGAGUUUGUGCAGUUUGUGUGCACCGACGGCACAGGACAGCCCAGCACACAGCCUAAUGGAGGAGGCCAGAGCAAAAUGCCGGGCUCCUUCCUGCUGCCCCCGCCACCCCCGGUGGCGCGCCCUGUGCCCCUCCCCAUGCCCGACUCUAAAAUCAUCAGCACGCCCACUGACGGCGGACUCAGCUCACCCGCAUCUCCGUCAUACUCCACGCCAGGCUCCACAGCUCCCAACCGGUUUGUCGGCAUCGGAACACGGGACAACUUUCUGAAUAUCCCCCAGCAGACUCAGUCCUGGUUCCUCUGACAAGGCCUCCCUGAAUCAAGAGCUUAACGUGUGUCAUAAAAAAAAUUGAAAUUUGAUAAACAAACACAUCACCACUGAUUAUGAACAGACUGCUGACACUAAAAGGUCUUUUUCUUUAGCCAACACUAUUCAAAGUACUACUACAGAACUCCAAAAAGCCCCACACCACCCCAAAAGGACUCUCAAUACAACACAAUUGGAACACUAAACGUUCAUCCCCCUUUAUGCAGGAGGCUUCAAUGAGAUUGUGUGGACAGACUAAGAAUGCAAGAAGAAGGAAGAUGAUGAACUGUCUUACACACCACCACCAAACGUCUGAGAGGAAACACAAUAUGGCAACCUGACAAAUGACCAAUUAUACAUUUGUUGUUUCUUUUUUUAUGAUUUUUUUCCCUUCAUUUUGUUGUCUCCACAAUGAAACUCCAUGCAUUGGCUGGGAGAUCCAAAAAAGUAAUGGUAAAUGGUGAAGUCGGAUGUGGAAGUUGAAAAGAUUGCCACCCAAAUUUGCAUGCUUCCAUGUGUGUGUAUUACCCCACGCAUCUUUCCUCUAGGUGCAUGGUCCCACCUGACCCCCCACCUGGAGCUCCGUGCUGCCCAUGUUCCAGACCGUUAACAGCUGCCACAUGCCUGUGUGUCACCACACUCUGCCGCUUCAUUCGCUCAGCCCUGAGCCUCUUUUCAUUUCCUGAUUGGCCAAUCAUGGUGACACCAUCUGAUGGUGUGACAUAUAUGCACUAAGUGGCUGGUCUUUGUUUACCUGUCAAACUAUCAGGGCAUCCUGCUGUGAGAGAAGUGAUAGCCAUGAGGCGAGUGCGAGCGAGCGAACACACGACAGUCAUAACACUAACUCUACAUGUGCUCUUUCGUCCCCUCACCUAUGCACUAUUAAUUUUUAAUAAGGGAUGAACAGUAUUGCACAUGGAUGGUCAAAUAAGCGAUUAGAGCAGUGAGUUGAGGCUGGCUGCCACUGCAGGGUUGUGGCUGUGCUAACAUUCAAGUCUAGGCCCCCGAAGCAUGUGCCCCCCCCACCCCCCAACACACACACACACAAACCUACCUACACACUUGCAGUCUGACCAUCUUCUCCAGAACUUCGUCUGUCACACAACCACUCAUAUCAUCUCAUUAUUCAUUGACAUGGAAUUUAAUUUACAGUAAUGCACAGCCAUCAUCAGCUUCAUAUUAUUAGCUUUCAAUUUGUUUGUGUUUUUUUUUGCGUUUUCCUUUUUUUGUGUGCCAGAUUUGGUUUUGGUCUCACUUGGACUGUUUUAACCUUCUCUUUCAUGCCAUAACACUUUUUUUCUGUAGUUUGCAGUAAUUCAUUAAGUAUCAUGCUCAGAUUUCAGCAAAACAGUAAUAGUAGUUUCUCAGAUCUCUCACAUAUGAACAGCACAGUAAUAGCAGCUCAUCACAUGCAUCCCUUGCAUUGCUUCACCGUGUAUCCCUUAGUCCAUUCACAGGAAACCCCAGUGCUCUACACACAUACACACACACACACACACUCACAUACACACACAGACACACAUAUAAAAGGCACACUAACACCACCAACAACCUGACAUUAAAUAAUAAAGGGAAGCCUUUAUAUUUGGUUCUCCAGACUGCAUUUGUUAAUGGUUUUUCAUUCACGUAAAAUUUGUCUUUUUAAUUUGAGAUCUUUUUUUUCUAUGUAAAUGUUCACAUGGACAUUUCUAUCGGUAUUAUUUUCAUCAUGACACCAUCCCAUCUAACGAAAGCCGACCUCACAAAAUAACUUGACUGCCUAGCUGUUGGUUCUAUUUUGCAGGGAUAGUAAACAGGCCUGGGAGUUGUUCUCAGCCUCUCUAGUAACAUUAGCUCUAUGUACUAAAACCAUAUAUCAAGACUAUAACAAUAUAUGAAAGUGCCUCUGUAUUCCCUUCAUGCAAUUAGUUAUAAACUUGACUUCAGGUUCUCUUCCCACAUAUAAGCUAAAGCUACAGGGAAUGGUAGCGUUGGUGCAUGUGGAAACCAUUGGCCUAGGACAGAUCUUUAUAGAGGACUGCAAACUUUUUUUGUAAAGACAGAGAGAGAGAGAGAGAGAUCUUAUACAUAUAUAUUUAUGAUAUAUGCUCCUUUUUAACUUUUACUACAUGGAGCUGGUUGGCAGUCUAGUUAUUUUCUGAACUUUCACCCCCCACCCACCCACACAACCCAUUUCAGUAACAUCACCUUACAGUUACCAGUACGAAUCAAACGACACACGCCAUCUGCAGCGCAGCAUUAUAAUACCUAGAUGAACAUGUCAAAAAUCGACAGUAGGUUUGAAGAAAAGGUGUUUUUUGAUGGAAAGUAUUAUUAUUGAAAUAUAUGUGUCGAUUGAGCCACGUGCAAUGCAUUGGGUAGAUCAUUGUGUUUGUCUGUUAGAGAUUUUUAAGAAAGUUAAGAGAAAAGAGAAAAAAAAUGUAUUUGUUUCAAGUCCAUAAGCUCCAGGACUCUAAACUAGAGGGCCAUGAAAAAUCCUAGUCUUUGUAAGUCGGGGGUAUUUGUUUUUAUUUCCUUUGUCUCUUUUUUAAUGUUUUAUGUGUAAUCGGUUGUUUAUAAAAAUGUGGGAGGGCUGAAGGAAAAAAACAAUUCUACACAACUUAAGAAAAACAAAUCUCUAUCAUCAGAUGAAAACUGGUGCUUUAACACUAUAAAGUACAUUCAGCAACUAUUAUAAACGAAUGGUAAUGAACAAAAAUAACAGACCAUUUAGGAAACAGCAUUAUUCCUCUCUCUAUUUUUAUUCUUCUAUUUGUAUUGAGUGGGGGGGAGAGGUUCCUUUUAAGGUUGUGACACAAAAGGCAUUUUGGUUCAACCUUUAGAAAAUAAGAAACCUAUACUGUCAAGAAACUCUUUAGAUAACUUACCCGUGCACUGCCUGAAAUUCACCAGCAA